AUUUGAUCCCUAUCAAGCCAUGCCAAAGUAUAGUGAAAUUUCUACGCAGGCGGAGAGUCCUGCUGACCAGAAGCUGUAUGACAAGACUGAUCUUCCAAGCUGGUGUGCGCACCCAUUGGCAGUGCCAUCCUCGCAGCCCAACAUGUUGAUCUUCCCUGGCGAGAUGACUCACUAUGCCGGGAUGCUUGCAGAUGCCCGACAGCUGCCCUUGGUCCAAGAAAUGAUGGAGCUUGCGACGGAGACCUUUGAUUUUGAUUUGCAACGUGUGUUUGAAGAGUGCAUGGAAGCCGAUUGCGCAAGCAGGACAGACAGACGUCAGAUGCUGGCUUAUGUUGCUGAUUGUGCUGCAUAUGAGCUCUUCCGCGAGCAGCAGCCAGAGGUUGCGUCUACUCCUCGUGCCGUCGCUGGCUUCGCUGUCGGGGAGUUUGCUGCGCUGGUGGCUGCGGGCGUCAUGUCCUAUGAUCAAGGUCUCACAGUCGUGAAGGCUCGGGCAGAGGCCAUGCAGAGAUGGGUUGAUGACGAACAGAUGGCGGCGAUUGCGGUCUUCGGACUGGAAGAGGAGCAGCUCAAGGGUUUGUGCGCCAGUGUUGAUCCAGGCAGUAAACUGGCACAGAAGGUCUUCAUUUCCCACUGCUGGGGUCGCAAGGGCUUUGUUUGUUCCGGGACUUCAGCUGCGGUUGAGCAGCUGGAAAAACUCGUUGAGAAUCAGGCUCAGCAGGAGGUUUUGUACACCGAACGCAUUGAGAGCUGCGUUGAUGCAGGACAUACGCCUCUUGCAACAGCUGUCGCUGCGGAGGUAGAGGAAGUCAUCAACAACAUCGCAAUGAAGCCACCGCAGUGUGAGGUUUACUUCAAUUGCGGCAUUCGAGUAGCAGCUGGGGAGGAUCCCUCGGUCUUUGCACCAUAUCUCAUUCAGCAGCUGGUCAUGCCCCUACGCUGGGACAUCACAAUCAACAGCAGCUUACAGCGUGGAAUCCGUCGCUUCUACGAGUGUGGCCCAGGGCAUAGCCUUAAGGACUUAAUGAUGUUCAACACCUUCACAAGUCAAUCGCAGACCAUCAGGCCCGUUGAGUUGACUACUGGAGUGCACUGCUGAGCCAGCUCAAGGUAGGCAUCGAUUGACCAUGUGUAAAUUUGCUGUGCGGAAAAGUCAUGGGCGCUGCAAAGAAAA